CCCCGGCGGAGCUCCCCAGUUCCGGUCACGUUGCCGCCUGUUUACGGCGCGGCUGCCGGCGGGCGGCGGGGCCGGGCCGGGCCGGGCGAGGCGGGGCCGCCGCAGGCAGCGCGGGCAGCGCGGGAGCCCGGCGCGGCCCCGGCCCCGGCCCCGCCGCCGCCGCCGCCGCCGCCGCAUGACGCCCAGCGGGCACCCCCCGAGGCCCCGCCGCUCCCCCCAGGCCUGGACAGCGAAUCUGGUUGCGAUGGAGACCGUGUCCCUGGAGCACCAGAUCCAGAGCGUGCAUCGGCACAUUGCCUUCCUGAAGAAGGAGCAGAUGGAGCUGCUCCAUGACCUGCACCUGGAGAUCCUCCGCUUGCAGAAGCACUGCUCAGAGCUCACUCAUGACCUGGAAAUGAAAGAGCUGGAAGCCCGCCAGCAAGAAGUCCUGGACCGGGAGCUGGAGGAGAAGUGCCGUGUGAUGGAGGCGCAGCUGCAGGAGAAGGAGAAGGACAACCUGGAGCUACGCAAGGAGCUGCAGCACAAGGAGACGCUGGUGGCCGCGCUGCGCUCCAGCCUCCGCAACAAGGAGCGCCGGUUCCUGGAGCAGCUGAAGCGGCGGAGCCACCGCGUCACCAUCCUCGACACGGAGCUGCAGAAGCAGACGGAGGCGGCCGCGUACCUCUCGCUGCAGCUGCACGCCACGGCGCAGCGGCUGCCGGUGCCCCGCGCCCCCGAGCGGCCCCCCGACACCGCCCCGGCCGAGGGCAGGCCCCGGCGCCGCGGCCACAGGGCUCAGCCCCGGCGCCCGCCCGGUGACGGUGCCCGGCCCAGGGACCCCGCGCCCGAGGAGCAUGACGCCAUGCCCGACCCGGCCCUCUUCCUGUACACGGCGCGGCCGCAGCGCCCGCAGCCCUCCACGGCCCCCCGCACACAGCGGCCGCCCCGAACCCCCGCGCAGGAGCCCGUGGCCAGGGCCAGGUCAGCCAAGGGUGAUCCUGGCAAGAGGCAGGGGUCUGGCCCCCGCGGCUCCCCUGGCACCAAGGACUAGACAUCAAGCGGGCGCAUGGCCCGACCGGCCGGGAUGGCCUGAGCCCUGCGGCACUGGGGUGGGCACCGGCCAGCGUUGCUUCCCUCCGUCCCCUCGAGGGGAAGGGGCAGCGGAAGGCGGGUGCCCUGCUCGUACCUCCUGAUGCAGGCAGCCAGGAGGAUCCCCUUGCACAAAGGGUCUGAGCGCUGCGGGACGGUGGGCAACCAGCACAGGGGGACAUGGCUGAGCGCCUGUCUGGAGCUCCAAGGAAGGAAGGAAGGAAGGAAGGAAAGAUGCAUUUUGGCAGUGAGAAGAGCUUCCUGCUGCUGCUGCCCCUCGGAGCAGAUGCUGAGUGUGUUUUCACGGGCCGGGGUGCCAGGAGGUGGAUGUGCAGCAGCAAGCAAGGGGUGCACGGCUUGGCGCAGUGGGAUGAGCUCAGCCAGAAUUCAUGGGCACUGGGGCUGGGCUGGAGAGGAUCCCAGAUGUCACCAGGAAAGUGCUCUGGGCUGCAGGCAGCUGAAUGGCAGUUGGUCCCGUGGCUGCAGGAGGGAUCCCAUCUUCACGGGGACAGUGCAGCUGUGCCGGAUGGGUCCCAGUCCCUUGCUCCCUGCCCAGCAGUUUGUCUCUGCAUCUACAUGCAGGACUUGGACAAGGUGGCUGGAGGUGACCCAUGAGCACUGGUCCUGCCAGAUGCCCUGCGCGGCUCCUCAUCCACCCCAGCCUCGCUCUGUGUGCUGCAACUCGUGUUCCCUGCACUGGGCUGGUCUCGUCUUGGCACCAGCAUCUCGGUUCCCAGUCACCUCCACAGCCAGGUCUGGGUCUGUCACCUCCAGUCCUCCCCACGGCCUCCCUGCACUGCGGCCGUGCAGCACGCAGCUUUCGCCCCGCUGCGGCAGCCUCGCCUGGUUUCCAACACAAACCAUCGUCUUUUACACCUCCAUCCCCUGGUGUUGUGAAAUGGCAGAGCAGGGAGAGCAGAGCAGGGCUCCGGCGGCCGGGCAGGGCAAAGGGCUCGGUGCUCGGGCACCAGCGGGACCCGCACUGCUCCGAGGGGCAGGUUCCAUCCCAGUGUGUGGCUGGAGCCCUGGCCCCAGUCCCUGCCCGCAGCCUGCUCCCUGCCCGGCCUCCCGCGGGGCCCCGCUGCCUCCGCGGCUGGUGUGGCCACGAUGGGAACCCCAUUUCCUUCCAGGUCAGUGUGAGACCUCUUCAGAAACAUGGCUCUCGCAGACAGUGGGGCUCAGCCUGCCCCAGCUCACCCGCAGCGUGCCCGUGCAGUCAGAGGUGUCUAUUUUUGUAGUUCAAUAUUUAUAUACUAUAUUAAAACGCUUUUACGAGUUUCUCAGCAACAGUCCCUAGGCCAGCUCUUUGGCACAAACAAGCCCUGUAGCAUACAAGCUGCACGAGCAGGAGAGAAAUUAGCAGCUUUUGUAGCUUUUUAUUUGCCUGUGAUGUGAGUAGUCAAGCUUUGGAAGGCAAGACCCCUCCUGCUCCCCCAGGGCAAGGGUUGGGACCCCCACUCCGCAGUCUAAGCUUGGGAAGAAGCCCAGCAAAGCCAUGCUGGGGUAGCUCUCCCAUAGCAGGGAUGCGGGGAGCAGUCGCCCUGCCUGAAGCCCUGCAGAGGUUCUGCUCCUGCGGGCAAAGGCAAAGCUUUAGCAGGUAAUUUCUGCAGCCCCCGCUGCAUCCUGGAGCACAGGGACCAGCAGAGCCCCAUCAGCUGCUGCCUGCCCUCCCUGACUGUCACCCCAGGAAGGGCUGCAGGGUGCUCUCGUGCCCUGGCUGCAAAGCACUGUGUGCCCCAAGUGCCCUCCCAAGGCAGGAGGGGAGCCAGGGGCACCGUGCAGUGUGUUGGUAUGAGUGUGGUACAGUUGCACAAGGGAGACAAGCCCCAACCUGGCUCCCAUUGCAGAGCGGUUCAAGGCAGGCUCGGGGGGCGCAGGGUGUGCUCGGGGCCCGGCCAUCACCCGCCCCGCGGAGGCAGAGCAGGGUGGCGAGGGGCAGCCUGUGCUGUGCUGCACCAGUGCGGUAUCGCGGCCACCCAGUCCCCAAGGUGUGGUGCAGGGGAGGUGCCGUUUGGCCUUUGGAAAUCGCCGUUUCUCUCAGGUUCAGAGAGGUUCUGCUGAGGAUUUGUCUCUGUUCUCUUUUAACAUGAAAGAGGGUCAUGCAUGCCGCUGCGCUGCUCGGCUGUUCCGUUAGCUGUGGUGUGCACAGCUGCCUUCCCCUCUCCUCCCUAGAGAAUCCUGAUAGAGUGUGAUGCAUUUUUAUUGGUAAGAUCAUGGUGUUCAUGACUGCCCUGAGCAUUGAAAAGGGGAGGGAGGUGUUGAUCCUUCUUCUGUGUAAAUACCUUCCUAGCAAUCCGCAGUUUUAGUGCCUAGUAUGUAAAUGAAGCAACCCUGUCUGAGCUGCAGGAUCCCUUCCUCCUCACCACUAAUCAGCAGCUUGCUCAAGGAGUGAUCUCAUUUCCAGCCCCCCCAUUGCUCCCCUCCUCCCAGUGCUCCCCGGUGCUGGCGGGCGGCUGGGCAGGCCCCGAGCCCCGCGGCCCCUGGAUGUGCAGGAAGAGCUGCCUAUGGUGAGAGGGGAGUCCAGAGGGAUGGAGAGGGAGCACCCCAGUUCCCCCCUCCAUGCCAAUGUAAUGUGCUUGGAAAUGAGCUGUCGGGGUGAUCCCUGCGCUUUUCCCUGGAGCGGGAAGGAUCAGCUCCUGUGUGCUGUACCUGCUUCAGUCACUGCUGCUUGUUUUUUGGGAGGGAGCUCUAGAGAUGCUAUAUAUACACUUAUAUAUAUAUACACACACACUUGUUUUGAAGGAAAAACACUGUAUGAUUGUAAUAGAAAUGAUGUUGAGAUAAUUUAUUUUAAUCUCUGUAUUUAUAUAAAAUGAUCAAAGAGAUCAAAAUGAUCAAGGACAGAAGAACAAGAAGACAGUGUUCCUGUUUUUCAAUGAGCGAGCUGCUGUCAGCCGCAGCCAGCGCGGAGCAGUGGGAGCCCGGGCAGUGCCUGCGCUCCCCUCCCUGGGCUGGGGGCUCCUACAGACCCCGCAGCUCCUCGGGCUGUUGUUAGCCCUUAGCCUGGAAGGUGUAGCGAGAUCUGUAGGUGCAUUCAGCCAGUGCUGCUGGAACCCCUGGGAGUCCAGAGGUGCACAGACCAAGGAGUGUAACCGCUGACCCCCACGUGCUUUUUAUGGAACAAGCAAUGCUUAAUGUAAAGCUUAAUGGUUAGACUGGAAAUGGAUCAUAGCAAUAAUGCUCGGUUGUUAAAAAUGUCUUAUGUGUACAACCCACGGCGUGCUGGGAGCUUUCUGCACACAGACCAAGAGCCGGCACCUCUCUGCACCCCCCUUGGCUCUGCAGCUCUGCAGCGCUCAUGGAUUUGAUGUGUUGGCUUUGCUAAGCUCUCUUUUCCUCAUUAUUAUUUUUCCUAAUGCCCUCUGAGGAAGCGAUGUCUCAAACUGUGCGGGGCGAGUGGUGGUGGGGAGGAGAUGCACCCGCUCCGCUCGCUGGGCUGUGCCAGUGCCGGAGCCAGCAGCACCGGGAGGCAGAGCCAGUGACUUGGUGCAUGUUCCCCAUGCUCCAGCUGGGAAGUUCCUCCUCUUGACCCUGUUAAUUAAAAAGCCAUAUUUUCUGAAUGUGUUUGCUGGGGCCAAUCUGAGCGCUCCCAGCAGCACCCUUCCCAUCCCCGCUGUGAGGGUGCCAGGGCCUGAGCAGCGCAGCCGCUCCUCAAAGCCCCUCGGGAGGCUGCAGGACCUUCCCUGCGCUGCACAGCGCUGCACAGGAGCUGCCCAGAGCGGGGCCGAGUCCUGCGGCCUUGGGGAAGCUUCGCCUGAGGCAGAGCCCUGUAACCCCCCAACUGCGGCGGAGCUGGGCGCAGGGUGAUGGGUGUCACUGGGGUGGCUGCUGCAGGGCUGAGGCUGGUCCCUCCUGCACACCCGGGUGAGUUGGCAGCAGCACGGCAAGAGAUGUCCUGCCUGACGUGGCUGGAGCGUCAGAGGUUGCUCCGCUCUGCACAGCGCAUCUCUGUGCAUGAGUUCCUCAAAGCAAGCUCCCAGGAGGCAGCGGAGCGGCUGCCCCACAGCGCUGGCCGGGUCCCUCGCCCCACGGAAGGUAAAUCAGCAGCGCACAGAGGGACGGUCAUUUUCAGGACCCAUUUCGGGAACAUUCUGGGGUCCUUGUGCGCAGCCUCGUGAACCAGCUCCCUCUGCCCCGGUGAAGCCGUGGCAUCAUCCUGCCUUUCCUGGGAACACCAGCCCUGGCUUCCCAGCAGCUGUGAGGAGCCUACAGUGAUGCCGUGGCCGCCUUGGUGCACGUCUGUUCUUGUCACCCUCUUGCACUGUAGGUGCCUGGCUGCCAAGUCCUACGGGGAAUGCGAUAGGAGGGGAGAGAAAACUCCGGUACGCCCAGAGGUUGCCUCAUGCUGUGGAUAAGAUCAGCAAUGCCGCUGUGCUGGGCCGGGUGAGCAGGAGGAACCCGGGGUCGAUGAGCGUGGGACCCCGCCAGCCGAUGUGGGCUGUGGAAGCACACAGAUAACAGUGCCGUGUCACCGCGCUGCUCAGAGCUCCCUUUGCUGUCCAGGGCCGGUUCCUGCCUCUGCCUCCUGCCCGGCAGCACUGCCCAAGGGUUGGCCCUGCAGUGACACUGCAUCACCGCAUCCCAGCUCCCCGCUGCAGCUGCGGGAAGGGGGAACACAGUGCAGGACACUCACACUGUCACUGCAUCAGACCCCCUCACUGCACCCUCCCUCCCUCCCUCUCACCUUCGGGCAGGAGCAGGGGUGCACCAACACACACCCACAUGGCAGCGGUGGUGCUCCUGCCUCCUUCCAAUAGAUUUCGCUGCUCUUGUAGCUUCCAAAGGGAGCUUUCCCAUCAUUGCAGUUGUAGCAGGAAUGUGAUGCUGGGCCAUGGGAAACCCCCAGUCUUGGUAUGCCUGUAAAGCAGACCUGUUCCCCCGGGGGAUGAGCGUAAGGCGCCGAGCCCCAGCCCCCCCAUGUCUGUGUUUGCUCUGGUGUUUCAAGGUCACGCAGAAGGUCGCUGCUGUCUAGUCCUUGCCAAGGGUUUAACAGGCCUUCCCCGGGGGGGACACUGCCUGUGCCUGGGCAGAGGGACGCCGAGGAGGGCUCUAGCAGGGACUGGGGGGGAAGCACCCAUGGGUGCAGCUCCUCGCAUCCCCCUGCAGCCGCGGCCUCUCUUUGGCUGAGGUUGUGCAGCUCGGCUGAGCACAGUAAAAGCCUCAUGCUGGGGAGAGCCAUUGCAGUGGGACUGAUGCCAAAGGUCUGACGCUGCUCUGCUUGAUCUGAAUGUUCAUUUUACAUCAUGACACCAUUACUCGCCAGGACGAUGCUAAUGUCGACUUUGCUUUUUAACCAAGUGCUUUUCAAAACGCGUUUAAUAGCCAGAGACUAGAGUAUGGAGCUGUACUUUAGGAGCUGUUGUAAUACGCCUUUUUCUUAAUAAAGAGAUUGAGGUCUGCA